AUGGAGGGCAUUGCAGUUGGCCUGAAGCGUGGAUAUGUGGUCACCAAGAAGGCGACGCCUGCGCGCCCGUCUCGACGACCUCGCAAGCUGUCGCCCCGGAUGAGCUCCAUUCGGGAAAUCAUCCGACAAGUUGCAGGGUUCGCGCCGUACGAGCGACGCAUGAUUGAGCUGCUGAAAAUCGGCACCGCCGCAACAACAAAGAGAGCCCUGAAGUUCGCCAAGAAGAGACUGGGAACCCACCGCCGCGGCAAGGGGAAGCGUGAGGAGUUGCAAAACAUCGUCGCCGCUCAGCGCAGAAAGGCAUAA